CUGGAUCUUAACUUUUCAUCUGGAGGGUAUUUGACAAAAACACAUGGUGGUUUUCCAUCGGUAAGUACAAUUUGUGUUCAAAUAAUAACCUUUCUCACAUUUUGAAUGGAAAAGUAUAAUCAGAAGUUUUUUCAUUUAUGUAUUAAUUCAUGAUUUCUGUCUGCAGAUUUGUCUAAAUCCACUGCAGCCACAGUCGACAGACUUAACCCAGCCGGAGAAUGAACUGUACAAGGUGAGUUACUGAGCUUUGUGUUCAAACUGGGAUGAUUUCCUUCUCUGGGAUGAUAGAUGUCACUCUAACCCCUGUCAUGUUGUCUUUUUUAGAGUUCUCAGUGCUCUCGGGGGUUAUCCCCAGCCGGCUGUGAUACCCGUUGACCUCGCCUUGUGCCUGAGCCAACGUCAAUCCCUGUAUGAGCUGCUGUCCAUGUCUCCUCUGAAACCAGCUGAGCAGAGCUGUCGGCCUGCCCGCUGUCUGCAGAGGGCUGCCAGCCUCCAUGCAUCGCACCACUUACCUUCUCCCUCCCACUUUCAACCUUCACUCCUGCCCUCAGUCCCUGUGGCUUCAGGACCACGGAGCUGUUUUCGUAAAGACAGCAGCGGUCAGAUCAAGAAGCGCGUUGUGUUUGCAGAUGCUAAAGGCUUGGCCCUCACUGCCGUACGUGUGUUCAUCCCUGACUCCUCCAUCCUCACUUCUACCUUGGUGAGACCUGUCAAGACCAAAGUGCAAAGCCAACAGUGGGUGUCUAACAAACUUCAACAACAGCCGCUCUUCAACAACCUGCAACAUCAGACAACUUCACAUAAGUUGCAGCGUUACAAGUUCCGGCUGGGUUUCCCUCAGCCAGCUCCGGACGUUUCUCUCGCUCAUCUGCGGGAGAAGCGGGUACAGCUGGAAAGUUGCAGCAUUACAGAAAACUCCCUGAGCGGUUCGGCGCGUGUUUCGCAUGUUAGUGCCGAAAAGGCCGUACACGUGAGGGUGACCUUUGACUCUUGGAAGAGCUACCAUGACUUUCCCUGCACGCUCCUGAAGCAGCAGCGUUUCGGCGGCUCAGAGGUGGACGUUUUCGCCUUUGACCUGAACUUACCAAAGAUUGUGGAUCCAGAGGAAAGAAUCGAGUUCUGUAUUUCGCUCAGAACAGGAGCCGGAUCAACAAUACACUGGGAUGACAACAAUGGACAGAAUUACAGGGUGUAUGUGGAGAAAGACAGAGCUAAUGCUAACGGUCAUUACUCCACACUUACAAAAUACCAACCUCUGUCUUGGCCCACACAUGUGUCCCUGCAGAACUAUGCUGACCCCCAGUACUUCCAGAACAGCUUAUCAAGAAGACUCAGAACAGAGUGGGAUUCUGUGUUCAGCUGA